AUGGCUCCUCAUCCUCACCCGCCUCUCACCCCUUUCGGAUCCGCUCUCGCUGGAGCAUUAGGAUCAGUAUUCGCUAAUGCUGCUGUGUACCCACUAGACACUGUGAAAACUCGAUUACAAGCAGAAGAUGAAGAAUUAGACGAUGAAGGUGACGGCGACUCUCCUGAACAGGAUCUACCUGUUUUAAAAGGAAAAGAUGAUUCGAAGAGUUCAAGAAGUAAGGUGAAGGUAAAUCAACAGGUGAUAGCAAUAAGGAAAUACGUAAACAAGAAGUUAAAAUCAUGGGGGAUGUUGAUGAUGUUAUUGAGGAUAUUGAAGGAAGAAGGUAUAUCAGGUGCUUUCCAUGGUUUUGGAGCUAGUAUGAUUGGGACAUUUUCUCAGCAAUUCGCCUAUUUCUUCUUCCAUACCCUCCUUCGAACAUCCUACAUCCGUCGACUCUCCUCAUCCCCAACCAAAGGUUCUCAACAAGCCUUGGUAUCAUUAUCAACUUCGGCGGAACUAUUAUUGGGGGCAUUAGCAGGUGGAUUAGCUCAAAUCUUUACUAUCCCCGUACAAGUCAUAGCUACGAGACAACAAUUAUGGAAACCUCCUCAUGAAGAAUCCAAAACACAAGGGAAUGUGAACUCACCAAGUUUGAUGGAGACUGCUCAGGAGAUCAUAUCUGAAAAUGGUAUCACAGGGUUAUGGACAGGUUUGAAACCUGGUUUGGUACUUACUGUGAAUCCAGCUAUAACUUAUGGUGUAUUCGAGAGAUUGAAAUCAUAUAGAUUAAGUCAGAAACCCCAAGGCGGAGGGAAACUGGGUGUAGGGGAAUCAUUCUGGUUGGGCGUCACUAGUAAGAUGUUAGCUACGGUGGUUACGUAUCCUUAUAUCUUUGCAAAAGUACGAUUACAAGCUAAAGCUACUCCUGAAGAAAUACAAUAUGAUGCGGAACAUCCUUUGAACCCAAGUAAUAAAGCCUCAAAAUCGACAUUGGGUCUGAAUACCAAUAGUGAUGACCUUCCACAACCAACUCAAGAGCGAGAAGAACAAGAAGAAAAGAAACAGACUGAUUCAACACCAUCAUACGCAUCAGUAGCUUCUGCUCCACCAUCAUUCGGAUCAGCUACCGUCGACUUGCCAAAAUCACAAGAUCCCAAUGUACAAAGACCAGGUUUGACUGAAAGGAAACAUAGUCAUAAAUACCAUCAUCAUCAUAAACAUGCUUUAUCCCUACUCCAAUCUGUAUAUAGGGAACAUGGUUUGAAAGGUUGGUAUAAAGGUUUAGGUGCUCAGAUCGUUAAAGCUGUUUUAUGUCAAGGUAUAUUGUUCGUUUCUAAAGAUCAAUUCGAAUCUUAUACAUGGUUGUUAAUUGUUUUCUUAACCAAUUUGAGGAAAAAAUUGGUAUCUUCUUCUCCUGUUUAA